CGUCAUCACCCUAGACAAUUUUAUAACAACGAUGAAAUUGUAUUGUCUGUAUUAGCAGACGCUUUUAGUGAAAAACUUCAAUGGACACGAACCAUUCGUAAAACUGACUCUUCCGGGGCAACUAAAGAACAAUCUAAAAAAAACUCUGUCUUGGGUAAUGAUAAAAAUAACGAGUCUUUGCCUAAAAGUCAGUUCGAGGCUUUAAAAGAACAAACCGAUAUGAACUUACUCUUCCAUAAAUCCUAUCCAUUCGUCCCUAAGUCGAAAGUUAAAAACAUUACAAAUUCGGUUACUUCAAAGUCUUCUUCGCGUUAUGAUACAGCGAAAGUCAAUCUUCCAUCGAAUAAAGUGAAAUUCGUGUCUGCGAUCCCUGUUAAAAUGUCAGGUAGUAAAGUUUUUAAUGGUCAGUCAGGACAUAGAGGUCAUUUAGCGACUGGCGUUCACAAUAUGGAUACCUCUAUGGUAUCAUCAAAACAAAACAACACAAGCAAGAAAUUUUUGUCUAAGAUACCAACAAGGAACAAUGUUUCAAAAGAUAAUAAUAUUAGGAAUAGUUCACUUAAGAUUUUGGAUUUAUCUUUGAACACUGGCAAUACAUUCAAUAGGCAUGCAGUUCAAUGUCAAAGAUUAAACAACUGUACUUGUUCAUAUUCCACUGUCAAACAUCACAAUGCCGAACCCCAUAGCAAAAAUUGUAUUAAAAGGACCAUUAAAAUAACCACACAUUAUUAAAAUUAAUGACAUAGAAGGAUAACUUUAACAAUUACUGUUGUUAUAUCAUGGAACUACUGCUUAAAAUUCUUAAUUAAACUUGUCUCUGUAUGAAAAAAAAAAUGAUACAAUAUUAAACACUAGUCAUAAAGAUUUUAUUUUAUUGUUAGUCAAAAACAUCACACUAAGAUUUAUGUACAUUAGUUGAUAUGUUGACAAUUUUGUGUUUGUA